AUGGAACCUUUCGAAAAAGAUGAAUCGGAUGAUAACUCAGAUAAUUCAUCUUCUAACGAAGUCAGUGAUGAAAGUGAUUUUGAUUUCGACUAUGAUGAUUUAAUCGACGAUCUGGAUGAGCUUCAAAUAUCAAGUGAAUAUUCGACUGAUAAUGAAAUGGACGUUGAUUCCAUAAUAGAAAAUUCUAUGAUUGAUGUUGAUAGUGGUUUUACGAAAAUUUCUUGCACCGAUGUAACGCCAUUUCUCGUGUUCAAGAAUUUUUUUACCAAAGAAAUUUUUAAUCUAAUUGUCGAUCAAACAAACAUUUACGCAAAGCGAAAGAAACGUAGGCGUAGUCAGAAUAGUAUCGAUCUCUGGGAAGAUGUAACANUUAUCAACUGUAAUUCUUUCCAACGUAGAAUAGGCACCAUGGAGUCUUGUUCAUCCUGUGUAAUAUAUUUAGGCUUUCGAAAGAAACACGACACAACACUGUGGUUUCCAUCAUUAGAAACCAGAGAUGAAAAUGCACCUAAUCAUACAUUAUAA